GUCAUGAUGUCCCACUGCCAAACAAAACAAUCAGAGGAGUUUUUAUCUUCACUUCCUUUCUUUUCCAGUUUAUUUUCCCUCUUUCUCUCCACACCCCUCGCACUCUUUCUGUUAAACACCCCUCAACAUCAGCAGAGCAACAUAUAAAAAAUGCACCCUGCUGUAGUUGCGGUUAUCGUGGUUGGAGGCGUAUUUGUCCUUUGGGGCGGAUACGAAGUAGGUCGUCGACUGUUAGAAGACCAUGAAGAACGCAGGCAAUACAGUGAGUAUGUCCGAAGAUACCAACGAGACUUUGAGAAACGCAAUAUAUCUGGUGAUGAUGACGAUGACGCCUCCAGUACUUUAAGCGAUGACGACAACAACGAUAGUGACACUAAAAAGCUCAACAUGUGGCAUCGAGGAUACGAAAACCUGCGACAAAGGCGAGCGCGACGAGCAGGCUCGUCAUCUAAGUCCAGUAUUAAAAGCAGCACCAGACGAUCGUUCUAUGACCAUGGAGACCACGAAGAAGGAAAUUUGUACCAUUCUGCGUACGAGUUGACGGAAAUGGAAAAGAGUAUUUUGGACAGACGACAGCGGCUUCAAAUGGAACAAGCAAUGCUUGACGAAGCGGAGCGUGACCUGCAGCGUCGCCGAGAACUCUUGGCAAGUCGUGUAAACAGCGUCAACGGCUUGGACACUACGAUGGUUAGUAAUAGCACUACAUCGGCCAACAGUAAUGACAACAACCCAUUUUUUCGUCCGCCUGUCGUUCAGGAACUAGACCAUCCACGUCCGAACUUUGAUGAGAGCAUGCCUCCAUCUUUCUUCUUUGCUCCUUCCCAGCUAACGGAAGUAGCCUCACCACUACCGUUACCUCCAAGACCUGCUUCUGCUGCUUCUACUGCUUCGCAACAGCAUACUGAACGUAGCGUCGUGUACGACUAUCAUGACCACCGCUCCUCAGCAUCAUCUAGCAGCAACAACAGUGUAGUUUCCUCCUCGUCUUCGUCCUCCCAUCCAUCCAUGUAUCAAUCGACUGGCGGUCUUGACGCAUCGACAGCACAACUCGGCCCACGCAUUGACACUAUCCAAGCACCCACCAAUUUGACAUCUGCUGAUGCCGAUUGGUCAGACGUUGCAUCCGUUUCUGGUAACCGAUCUCGAGCUGAAAGCGACUUGUCAGAUGAAUUCAGUCAGCUCAGUAUGCACUCCUCAAAUCAUGGUGGUGUCGGCAGCAGCAAUAGUGUUGGACGUCCUAGUUCGGUUAGCGGUGAAAGCAGCAUUUCUUAUGACAUGCUCAGCUUUACUGAUUAUGAUGAUUCUCGAUCCUAGUAUUUGUAACAAGUACGCUUCUAUUUUUGUUGGCGUCGCCGUCCGCUCAACGUUUACCAUCAUUAUGAAUACAACCUGCUUCUCCCAAAACUAGCAGCUGUUUCUUACACCACGUAAUUAGUAUAGCCUCAUUACCCUCAACUACCACAUGUACUAUAUUUGAAAUUGAACAAAGUAUAAGUCCACGAUGCUCUUGAUUACCC